CCUAGAAUCAACACAACCACGCCAUGGAAUCCAUGAUUGGCCUCCGUUUUUCCACCCUUCCCAAUCAGUCCAUUAGGCCUUCUGGCCUCCAUGCUGCAAGAGCUACUGCCAAACCCCAUUUAAGCUUCAGCCAUUCUUCUCUUUCACUCCCCAAGAGUUCAAGAAACAGGCCAAUUGGGAACAUCCCUGUUUCAAUAACUUGCAUGGUGGAUAGUUCACUGCCUCCUACAUUCAAUAGAGUGGAUAAAGGAAGGGCAAAUAUGGCUUGGGCUUCUCCUUUUCUUCACAACAUCAGUUCGGGUAGGAGGACAAACUGCAAAGGCAAUGUAGCUCAGAUAGAUGGGCCUUCUCAGACGCACAUUGAUCAUCAUAUUGAGCUUAUGGAAAUGGUAAAGACGCUAAGGGAAUCUCAGCAGUAUGAUACGGCUAUGAAACUACUGAAGCAUCAUGAACCCAAAGUUUUGGAUGACCUCGAAGCUGCUUACCAAGUGAAAAUGGAAAUAAUGCACAUUCUCUACCUUCAAGGAAAAGACCAAGAAGCCUUGGUGUAUGCUGAAGAAUUUUAUGACAACAAAGCAAUUUAUGCCAAGCGAUUCCGAUUCGAAUUGUUUUAUGCUACAAAGCUUAUGGAAAUAGCACGGAACCUAAAGGAAUCUCAACAUUAUGAUCUAGCAGUGAAACUACUGAAGGUGCACGAUCCCGAAGUUGAGGACGACCCAGAUGCUUCUUACUACGUGAAAAUGGAAAUAAUGCACAUUCUCUUCCUUCAGGAAAAGUAUGAAGAAGCCUGGACUUAUUGUGAAGAACUUUAUAAGAAAGAACACAUUUACCGUCCUCAUUUCAAAUUUGGAUUGUUUUAUGCUUUGAAGUCAGGUAUAUUGUGCGGGUUGAAUGAUCAUCAGAAAGCAAUUGAAUACAUGCAGAAAUUCAGUGAAAACCGAAGUGAAGCAAUUCCAUUGGCGCCACCCGACAAGGAUGAAUCCGCUAAAAGUCGAUGGACUUGAAGAAAAUGAAAAUAUAGUUUUAGUGCUUUUUACUUCUGUUAAGUAAUAAGAAAUGGCUAUUAGAAAUGCUGAUACAAGUACAGCACUAGCUAGCAUGGUAUUUCAUAAUUUUCUAAAGCCUUUGAGGGAUAUGGGAUAACCAUAUUCUUUUGUGUGUGGCUUUUGGUGUUUCAACUUUUUGAGUCUAAUAAUUUUCAUCAAAUAAUGGAAGUUAGCAUCCAAGAUUUUCA